AUGUCAAGCAACACUAAUUACGAAAUCUCGAUGCCAACUACGGACAAGCUCCGUGGCAUGGCCAAUUGGCCUGAAUGGUCAACCAAGGUCCAGCUUGCGCUAGUGUCAAUGGGUCUUUGGGGCCAUGUUAAAGGAGAGGUGAUACGGCCAGCAGAUGAUGCAGCUGAUUGGGUCAAGAGCGAUUCUAAGGCUAUAUUUUUCAUGAUCAACAACAUGACGGAGAUAACGCAGCAGAAACUAAAACAAUCCGGCUGGGAUGUAGACAUCGCAACAUCCGAAACCACUUGGAAUCUGUUGAAGUCCUCUGUUACAAAGAUUACGGAUGAAUCCCUUGCUGAUCUCUUAAUGAAAUUCCCACACUAUAAGCGCAGGGAUUUCACGACGUUCAACGCAUAUAUUGCAAAAACACUGUGGGCUUGGGAUACGAUUGUCAAAGCUGGGGGCUUAGACGAUAAGUUCUUAGUCAUGACCUUGAUGAAUGGUAUCAAAGACACCUAUCCGGAAUGGUAUACCAACUGGAAGCACGAUUGUGACAGAGGCAAGUUUCCAACCAAGCAGGACUUCCUACAGUUUCUGUCCGCUAAGGCGGAUGACGAAGAAGCUGCUGGAGGACCAAAGGGUCGGACCAGUGUCACAUCCAUGUUAACAUGGCUCACACAAAUGAUAAAGGCCUAA